CAUUGGGGCGGAUGUUUUGAUGAAGUUUAUGCUGUGUAACUGCCCUUAUAUAACUAACGGUAGCCCUCCACUCUUAAGAAACCACUUUUAUGGAAUUUUAUUCUAAUAUAAAGAAGAAAGAAUUGGAUCAAAGGUUGCAAACUGGACAUGUGAAUACCAACAAAGGAGUUAGACAUACUACUUGGACACAGCUUAAUGUUAUUUUUGAAAAAAAAAAAUUCACGUUUUACAAGUGCCUGACUUCCUGUGUGUACAUGUACUAAAGCCCGAUUGUGAUAACAAAGCCUAUUAAAUAUUUGAUGAGAAUAUAAGCUGGGUUCCUCAUUUUACAGACAAAAAAAGGUUUUCAUGUUUAGAGAAAAAAAAAGAUUUCCAUGUUUACAAAUGUAUAUUCCUGUUACACAAAAGACACACUUAAAUGUUAAUUAGGUUAUGAAUUAGGCUGCUAACAAUAGAACAUAUAGAUGAGUGGACUAGAUUAUGCGGGACAGUUUGACUAUGGACUUCAAUGCCCUAGACCUGCUGGCGUCAACUGCUGUUCUCCAGACAAGAGAUUCUGAUAAUUCUAGCAGUCCUGGUACCCAUGAUCAAGAUGGUAAAAGUGAUGAAACAUCAGAACAGAGUGCAGAAACUGAUGAGGAUGGGAAUCCACAAGAGUUAGAGAUAAAAGACAUAAGUCAAGUGGAAGAUACAAUGGGUUCUAUGAAGAGAGACAGAAAGGCCAGCCUAUCUGAGGAAACACCAAAUUUACCCAAAGAUGUUAUAGGGACAAAUUUGUAUUUUGUCAAAUCAACAGAAGACCUGUUGAAUUGCGGUAAAAAAAUUGGUGAUACUAUAAAUAAUGUGUCUGAUCAAUCCAAGAUGGAUGAUACAUCUAUAUUACCUACUCCAUCACUGAAUAUAACAGACAAGACAGAGAAUUCAGACACAGAUUCAUGUAUGGAGGACAAUGAUAUUCUAAAUUCUGAAGAAUCUACCUCAGAUUUGAUGGUGACUAGGACAGCAAGUGAUGAGCUGGAUAAUAAAAUGUGUAAAAAUAAGACAAUAAUGCGUUCAUUAUUAACGGGACAAACUGUGAACACACAUAGUGAGCAAUUUGAUGAAACAAAUGUUGUUUGUUGUAAGAAAGUAAACUGUGAUGAACAGAGCCAGGCUGAUAGUGUUUCCGUUGUAGGAAUUCAUCAAAGCUCUGAUGAAAAUAAAAGUGCUAGUAUUGGGUUAUCCAUAUCUGAACAAUGUGAGCACAAUCUUGGAGAUACAGUUAGUAAUGAACUAGUUGAUGUCGGGCAGGCAAAGUUUACCGUAUCUGAGAAGAUGUGUGAAAAUAAGGAUGUGACGUCUACACUGGACAACAGUAGUAACGUGUUAAAAAAUCAUCUGGAGAAUUGUAAAAAUAGUCUUCGAGACAGUGUUUUGGACUCAACAGAAGAUCCUGUUGCCUCUCACAGUGACUCUGAGGCUCUUCAUUUUGUGGUGGUUUCUGAUCACUGUUAUGCUUCAGUACCUGGUAAAAACUCAUAUUUAGAGAGAUUAGAUGGGGAGGAUCAUGAAUCAGAUUCAGGAAUUGAUGGCAACAGUUCUUCAGAAGAGGCUGAACAUCGUACUAGGAGUUUAUCACUGGAUAGUAACUGUCUACACUGUGGUUUUCCAGAGUUAUCUGGACGAAGUGGUCGCCUCUUAUCUCAGGGAUCUGAUUUUGACCGUUCACCUAUAGGAAAUUCAGGCUUUCAUCUUGGAUUAUCUGUUCUAUCUCCCACUCUUUCUUCCUCAGACUCUCAGUGUAGUGACUAUCACAAUACUGGCACUAAUCUAGUGGAAAACGCCUCACUUCAAAAAUAUGACAGUGAUUCUGUAUUUGAUGAGAAAAAAUAUAAAACUGUAGAUUUUGAUCUUGAUAACCAGGUGGCUGCUAGUACAAGUGAUAAAACAGACACCGGACAUGAUCUAGUGAAAGUAGGAAAAUUUAGAAUUGGUAAAUUUGCCUCGUUUACUAACAUAGAUGACACUGAAUCAGAUAAAAUAUAUAAUCGGGACUCUUUUAACGUCAACUAUGGUGUUUCUCCUGCAUCAUCUGGUGGUAUGCCAGCUUCUCCUGGAAUUCCUUCUCUUCUUCAGUCUCCUUGCGGAGAUUGGGACAGGUCAGAUGCUGGAUCGGAAGUGCUAGAUGACAUGGACUAUAUAGCUACUCCUGAAGAACCUAAGGAACUUGCUCUCAUGCUUCAGAGUAAUAAAUUACCCAACAGUUCUACAGUUUGUUUAACAGUGAAUCACGAUCAUGAUUACUGUUUUCGUGGAGGCUCACUGCCAUCUAGUCCCAUUGGCGUAGAUAGAAAAAGUGGAAAAAAUGAGAAGAGAAAGUACAUGACAGCAGCCAGGAGUCGGGGAACAAACCUUUAUUUGAAAGAACCAAAAUCAAAGACAGUUAAGAUAAAAAAUAAAAAAGGUUUAUCAGAAACAAUAGAGAAGGUGAAAAAUUCAUUGGCAACCUCUGCACCUGUUUCUAUAGAUUGCAACUUCAAGAAACCAGAACAACCAGUUAACCCUUUUCUUGAUAAAUUUAACUCCAUGGGACGACCAAAGCGCAGAUUAGAAAAAGAAGAAGAGCCAGAAAUUGAACUAGAUUCGGGGUCCAAGUUGAAAAUCACAGGAAAAUUUCAAAAUGAUUUUGUUUAUUUCUUGAACAAAACGUCACGUAAUAGGAGGAGGUCAUCCUUUGAAAUUGCAAAUCUUGUAAAUUCAGAUGGAAAAAUAGUACAGCCUGCAAAGCCUAUCGAUAUCAUCGUUCCCCAUCUAACUGAUGAUGAUUUGGAAGUGUUACAGACGAAAGGACGUGCUGGACUAGCCAUGUUAGAAAAAUUUAGUACAAAUCCCCAAUUAUUAGAUCGUUUCAGUGCUACACUACAGUCUCAGAGUAAAGUUUGUGAUGUUGACAAUAAUUAUAUAAGUAAAAUAUCUGAGAAAAACAAUGGUGUGAAUCAAGUAACUACAGAGAGUUAUAUUGAUGAUGAUAAAAUUAUUAACACUAUAUUGAGUAUGGAAAAUGAUAAUCUAAGUUCUCCAGUACCAUCUGAACACAGUGUAUCUACAGAUAUGGAUUUCUUUAAUAAUGGCGGUGGAGAGACAAUCAAUCUGAUGGGGGAAAAUAUGACCUUGACACCAGAUCAGGUUGAUCUGUUAUUAAAUGCAGUAAAAGAUGUUUCUACUAGUGAAGAUUUUAUAGAAAGUCCGGAGAAGAUUGUAUUGGCGUCAUCACCUAGUGAAGAUCACCAAUCAUUUACUAACAUACAUCGUACCUGUGAUGACCCUUCUACGGGUUUAUUGGACAACAACUCCAUGGAUGUCUCGGAUCAAGAGUGGACUGUCAAAACAGAUAAAGGAGAUAACGAGGAUACAGACUCGACAUAUUCAUCCUCAGAUAUUGGACAUUCUAGUGUUUCUGAUAUUAAAGAAGACUCACAGGAAUCGUUUGAACUUAAAGAUGGUGAUAUGGAUGUACAUGUAGAAGAUGUAAACAAGUGUGUAAAUAGUGUUAUAGACAAUAAUAUAACUGAUAAAUCACUAGCUAUUGAUCAGGAUCUCAAUAAUCUGGCACUGGCUAAUACCAAACCAGAUAAAAGUUUAUUAGAUUCCGAAUUAAAUGGAUUCUCUAAUACACUUGGAACUACACUACCCGACCUCAACUUGCCUCUUGAAAAAUCUUUUGAACUUUUGGGGAAUGAUUUCCGUCUGGACAAACCGGAUGAUUUAUUUCCAGAAGCAAACAUGGAUAUACCAUCUCAUCAAGAAUCCAAUCUGUCAGAUUAUAAUAAUACCCCUUGGGUGGUUACUGUUACUAUAUAUUGGAAUGAUCUACCAGCGAUUAUGAUUAAUAAUAAACCCUUUAUACGACUUGUUGAUAUACAUAAACAGAUACUACCAGCUAAAGAUACAGGCAUCUUAAAGAAACGUUGUCAACUGUUGAGUAUACAUGUUAUGAACUGUUCCGAGAUGCAGCGUUACUUCUUGGUUCAGUACGGUCGAGGCUAUAAUUCUAAAAGUACAUUAAUUGUAUCGAAAACUGAUGCUUGUCAGUUGGUGGGAUAUUAUGCUUAUCCACAGCCUCGUGUUGCUAAGUCAGAGGAUGCCACAGUUUUACAUUUGUCUCAUCUUUCUCAACACAUGGCCUUAUUACAACCUAAUGUACCCUCUCCACAUGCUCGUAUGGUGAGAAAAAAGAGAUCUGGAUCAAGAACUGCCAGCAGGAACACAUCUCCAGAACGGAAAGAUAAUGGCAAGAGUGGGAACAUGUCAGCACUCCCAUCACCUAAAGUCCCGAAACCUGCACCGGUAGUUAUUCCUACCGUAGUGUCAAAAAGAUUAAGGCACAAGAAAAUCAACUUCCUUGAGAUGUUAAAGGGUGAUUCUGUUGAAAAAAAUGAAGUACAGUCAGAGAAAACUCUUCAAAUCUCUGUUAACAACAAAAAGAAACCAGAAAAUAGUAAAAAAUUAAACAACCGUGGCAAGAAGAAAGAGGAAGAGAGUAAAAUUGUUCUUGAGAAUAGUUCCGAGGAAGAAGGUAGUGCAGAAAGUGAGGAUGUUCAGGAAGAAAGCUUGACUUCCUUAUCUUCUACAGAAGAAGAGAGUGAAACCAUCAAGCCAAAACAUAAAAAAUCUAUAAAUAAAAUUUCACCCACAAAUGGUAAAAAAUCACAGUCCAAAAGACUGGGUCCUCUUCGUGUCAGUGUGAAAGGCUUGCUGCAUUUUACAAAACCAUCUAAAAAAAGUGCCAUGAUUAAAAACGUUUUGAAAGGAUUAGAUGUUGUUCACACUGCACUUGAAUUCAAGGCAGGUCAAAUACCCAUCUCUCAGAAUGGAACUCUUCAUUUAGAUUUAUAUAAAAAGAAAAGUUCAUUGUGCGUACGGUGUGUGGACUGUUUAAAAUUACUGUCUGUUCAGAGUUUCUUAGCGCAUCAACAUUAUCCUGAAGAUGAUAAAACAUUGACAACAGUUUUAGAAACUCAAACGCUUUCACCCAAGUCAAGUGAUUCAUCUCGAAAUAUGAAACAUAUUUGGGAAGAUUUUCAACAACGGCGAGAAAAAUUUGAAGGUUGCAGAUUUUUGAAACCACUAAAAGCAGUUGCUAAAGCUGUGGACGCAGUGGAGAAAAGUUCAAAAAGUGAAAUAAAAAGUGAAAAAAGUGAAGAACUAUCUCCAAUGGAUGUAACGACUUCUAUAGGAGAGGCUGUCCUGGAUGUUGGUGAUAACAUGGCUACUCCACAAGACAUAGAAGAAAAAUGUGAUUCUGUGUCUUUUAACGUUCCAUUAGAAAAAUUAAAAACUGAAGAAGAAAGAUUGACUCCACUUGUGUCUACAUUAAAUACAGGUGAUAAAGACAAUGAUGUUACAGUGUCAGAAUUACUGUUACCUGUUGUGGAGACUAACAGUAAAAUAGUAACAUGCCAUAUUGAAGAAACUAACUCUUCCUUAUCAAGUCAAAUUACAGACUUAAAUACUGCAGCAGACGUUCUUGAUAAAUCUGCUAUCAGAUCAAGUUCGCGUAAACGCAAAAGUAGACAAUAUUUUUCUUUUGAAGAUUAUUCCUUUUCUAAUAAGAAAGCAAAAACGGAUGAAAUUGAGUGUAAAGAUAGUAAUGUGUGAAGUGAAAAAUAUCAUUGUGAAGUAGUUGUAUUAUUCCUCACUUUUAUUAGUGGCUAAAUUAUUAUUAUUAUUAUUAGAGCUGUUAAAUUCUGUACUUCUUCUUUAUAUGGCUUCAUCUAUUAUAGACAAAGCAAGAUACAACUGUUAAUUGAACAUAAAAAUUCAACAACCUUGUAUGUUUAUAUUCGGUUUGUAACGUGUUUGAUUCACAUGGAUGUCAUUUUGCAGCAAGUUUUGUAAUUAAUAAUUAUGAAUUUUCUUUGUUUGUGAAAUGGUGAGUUUUGACUAGAUAAUGAUGUCAUGUCGUUGCAAAAACGUGUGUUAUAUUGUUGGUGAUAAUUGCAUGUAUAAUAUACUCUUCAAAAAAAAGUAGGGGAUAAAAAGAAACAAUACAAAACUGCAGAAAUGCACUUCUGUUUUUAUUAGAGGUAACCAGUGUAUGUUAAUAACAGGCCAAUUGCCUACACAUGAGCAUAAACAGUUCAUAUGGACGGCUUAUCUGACGGCCCCAUUUCACUCGCAAAGAGAUACACUGUCAAAAGUGGAAUUGGACGUUUUUGAUUUUUGUCUUAAUAAUGAGUGAUUGCUCCACCAAUCCUCAGACAUUCAGCAAUUCGUUGUGGCAUGCUCCUAAUCAACUGUCCAAUCACAAUUUGGGGCAAUCUGACCUACUCUUACAGUGCCACGGCCAAUUCUUGCAGUGUUGAUGUUGACGAACGUCUCUCCCGAUCAAAUUAAAUGUAACACACUAAAGCAAAGUUACGCUAAACAGUAAUCUUAUGCAAGAACCGAUAGGAAAGCAAACAUUGAUAGAUAAACCAGCACGCGGCAGUUUUCAUCUCAGUGGUUCUGUUGGGGCGAUAAGUUCUUCAUCUGUGAACAUACUCUCAUCGCAUGUCAUGUGUCCAUGACUAUUUAUCAUAUCACAACCUGCAUAGGUAUUUGCAUUUCAAUACCCCUUACUUUUUUUGAAGAGUAUAUAAUUAUUGAGAAUAGAUGAAGCCAUGUAUGGUAUGCUAGUAGUUGUUAUAUUUCUCUAUUUGGUUAAUAUACACUUGUUUAUUUCUUAGUGCUUUCCCAAUUUUUUUAUUGGAAUUAUUCUCAUUUAGAAGAUAAAAAGAUGGCUUAUCGAUAGACCUACCGUAGUCAGUACUCAGCUUAAUGUACGUAAUGUACAAACACCUUAAUAUUAAUACUUUUAAGAUGGUAUUUCUUAUCAUGCCUGCUUUUAAGAAAGAGCAAUUGUUAUGGAGUUGUAUAAGCUGCUUAAAUUAUUGAGUCUUAAACAGAGAUUACUGUAGGAAAAAAAAAAUAAAGCUAGGAUGUAUGUCACUCAAAUAAAAACCAUCCUCAUGCUUCAUUUCAAUGUAUAAAUUGAUAAUAAUGUUGAUUAUUUUUUGAUUAAAUUUUAAUACUGUAGAAGAAAUGAUCGUGAUUUGAACUUUUUUCCAGCAAAAAUUGUAUAACUUUACAGUUCUUAGAUAAAUGUGAUAAAUUGUUUAAUGAAAAAGCCCAAUUAUGUAUUUGAUUUUGAUGUUAUGCAUCAAAGUAAAAAUGUGGAGGAGUAGACUUGUAUCGAUGUACAUGUACCCUUUGAUUGGUGUAGCCUAUGUUCAUAAGGUAAUCGUUUACAUUGUAAUAAUUUGGAAUUUAAUAACUUUGGUGUGUUUAGGAAUACAAUUUGUAUUAAACCAGUUUUAUUUUGGUUUAAAUAUGGGUCAUUGACAAUGAAUGUUACUUUGAGUUUGACCUAUACUACAUGUAGGUGGGAGAUUUAUUACAAAUGGUAAUUAAAGCUAAUAGUUUUCAAAUAUAUUGUAAUACAUGUUUAACAAAAAUACUUGUAAAAGUAAACAAUUUUACAACAAAAAUAUAAUAUAUAGUAGCAUGUGAAGCACCCCCCGCCCCCCCAAAAGUAUAUUUACAUUUACAGUAUGUAAAUACUGAUUCAUGAUUGUGUAUUAAUAGAUGUAUACUCUAUAGAAAUGUCAUAUUUUUAAAUAUAGAUAAGUCUAUUAUUGCACUGCACCCUCCUCCAUAUGUUGAUAUCCCAUACAGUAUCACUUAGUUCAAUAAGAUGAACAUGUGUACAUAUGAUAAUUAAAAUUGUACAUUCUCAACUCAAA